AUGUGCGUGAAUUUCACCAACCUGAAUAAAGUUUGCCCGAAGGAUUGCUACCUGCUCCCACGAAUAGACCAGCUGGUGGACUCGACUACGGGGUGCGAGAUCUUUUGCUUUUUGGAUGCCUUCAAGGGGUACCAUCAGAUAGCCCUGGAUAAGGAGGACCAAGAGAAAACCUCAUUUAUCACCGAAUACGACACAUAUUGUUAUACCACCAGGCCGUUUGGACUGAAGAACGCUGGCGAGAUCUAUCAGAGGCUGGUCAACAAGCUGUUCAAGAACCAGAUCGGCCGCAACAUGGAUGUCUACGUGGAUGACAUGCUGGUGAAAAGUCGAACUCAGGAGCAGUUCAUCGACGAUCUCAGAGAGAUCUUCAGCGUCCUUCAGAGCUCACGGAUGCUGUUGAACCCCAAGAAGUGCACCUUCGGAGUUAGAUCGGGCAAGUUCCUUGGGUACAUGAUAUUCAAAUACGGAGUGAGAGUUAAUCCCGACAAAGUGAAGGUAUCAUGGAUAUGGCUCCCCCCGGAACAUAAAGGAGGUCCAGUGAUUAGCUGGCAGGAUGACAGCUCUGAACAGGUUCCUGUCGAAGUCCGUAGUUGCUCAAUUGCCCAUAUUACUCAGUUGCCAGCCUUAACCUCCCCCGCACAGGAAGAGACCCUAUUCAUAUACCUAGCGGUGGGAAAAGAGGUGAUCAGUGCAGUGCUGGUUCGGGAGAAGGACCGAGUCCAGAAACCCGUGUACUAUGGAGCCGAGGCCGAGUUGACCAGAGACACAGCAGAGGCCGAACAGGCCGGAGAAACUGUCGAGCUCACACAGGCCACAAAAGCAGCCCAGGCCGAGCUGACCAGAGACACAAUUGAGUUCGAACAGGCCGGAGAAGCUGCCGAGGUCACACAGGCCAUAAGGGCAGCCGAAACCGAGCAGACCAGAAAAGCAGCCGAGGCCGAACAGGCCGGAGAAGCUGCUGAGGUCGGACAAGCCGGAGAGGCUGCAAGGCGGACCACUCCGACCUGGACAUUGUUUGUGGAUGGCGCAUCGAGUAAGGAAGAGUGCGGAGUUGGACUCCUCCUAACCAGUCCCACGGGGGAGGAACUGGCCUACGCCUUAAGAUUUGACUUCAAGGCCUCCAAUAACGAAUCUGAAUAUGAAACUCUGAUCGCGGGGAUGGUGAUGGCUCAGAAAUUGGGGGCUGAAUCGAUUAGGAUCUACAGCGACUCGCAGUUGAUAGUGAACCAAGUGUUGGGAAACUACGAAAUCAAAAAAGAACCACUGAAAAAGUACGUCGCCAAAGUGCAUGAACUGAGAAUUCAGUUCAAACUGUUCGUAGUCGAACAGGUCCCGCGAAGCCGAAAUAAGAGAGCUGAUGCUCUGUCCAAGCUGGCCUCCACCUCGUUGGGCAUGCUAAACAAGGAAGUGCUAGUUGUGAUCUUCAGAGGUCGGGCAUAUGAUCAGUUGGACGCGGCAGUUAUUUAA